AUGUCGGUCUUUGGAGGGCCCGGCAACGAUGUCGUUCUCGUCUGCGGAGCGCAUCUGGUGGUAUGGCAGGCUGUCGAGCCGGGAAUGCUGGCGCCGGCGCCGCAGCGGAUUGCCAUCAGCGCCGCUUCUGACAACGGUGAGACCUUGAUCUCGCUCGUUGAUCUGGACGGGAACGGCUUUCUGGACAUCGUUCGUCUCGCUUCAAACGGCUUGCUGCUCUCGCUACAGCUGCCGAAUCCGUGGCUGGACAACCCAUUUGCCGAGCGCAUUGUUCCGCUCCCACCGGCCAACUUCGCCUGCACACAGCCGGGCUCGCUCGCCUGUCUCGCCACCGCCCUCUCGCACGUCUCCAACUGCAGCGACGAUUUGCUGCCGCCGCAGCAGGCGACGGCGCUGACGGUGGACGAGCCGGAGGACGCGGCGCUCGAGGUGUGGGCGCGGCUCGAGACGCCGACGCAGCAGCUGCCGUUCCUCUGGUACCCGCACGCCGACGCGCCGCGGCGGUACAAGGGCGCCGACGUCGAGCCGCCGGGCAAGAAGCCGCUCGCCUCCGGCUCGUGCCCGUGCCGGCGAUGCAACGAGCUGACGAGCGCACAGCUGGUGGACAUCUGCAACGCGGCGUUGUGGUCGCGGGCCGAGUUUAUGGCUGUUGGGGGGUAG